AUGACAAAUUUGAGGUAUGACAAGUACGACAUCCAAUAUCGUGCCCAAGAAGCCAUCAAAGGAAGUAUUUUAGCCGACCAUCUGGCCUUUCAACCUAUUGAUGAUGACCAAUCCUUGCAAGACGACUUCCCAGAUGAAAAGAUCAUGUAUUUGAAAUCAAAAGAUUAUGGGGAACCUUUACACGGAGAAGGACCUGAUCCUGAAUCCCGAUGGAGUUUGAUAUUUGAUGGAGCUGUUAAUACUUAUGGUAAAGGAAUUGGGGCAAUCAUUGUUAUGCCACAAAGUUCUCAUGUACCGUUUAUUGUAAGACUGAUGUUCGACUGCACCAACAAUAUGGCAGAGUACGAAGCUUGUAUCAUAGGACUAGAAGAAGCCAUUGAUCUUAGAAUCAGGAUUCUAGAUGUACUACUAACCUUCUUCAACAAAGUUGAAUUCCAUCACAUACCUCGUGAGGAAAAUCAAAUGGCAGAUGCAUUAGCUACCUUGGCUUCCAUGUAUCAAGUGAAGUUUCCAAAUGAAGCACCUCAAAUUACAAUCAUGCGCCUGGAUAGGCCAGCUCAUGUAUUCACUGUUGAAGCCGUCACAGAUGACAAGUCGUGGUUUUAUGACAUUAAAGUCUUCUUUCAAAAACAAGAGUACCCACCUGGGGCUCUAGCAAAGACAAAAGAACUUUGUGAAGAUUUUCCGAUAUCUGAAGAAGUUCCACAAAUGCCAGAUCUAUGCUGA